AUGAAGCUGAUUACUGUCAACUUCUUGGCCUGUGCUGUGAAGGGUUGCAAGGCAGCGCCGGCGUCAUAUCCACUACAUUUUCGAGAUGCCGAACUAGAACUACAAGAACUUGAAUUCCAGCCAGAGUUCAUACUCAACAUCAUUCCUCGGAUUGACUGGGAAGGGAUGCGGGUCAUGGCUAAAGAGCUUGGUUUUCCUAAUAUCCCUGAUAAUAAGCCUGAAGGAGAUGCCCUCAAAGAUGAACGACUGCUUAAGGAACUUCACCGAUUACUGUUGGAGACUCAGGUUGUCGAAGGAAGGCUUUGCUGCGGGAAUUGUGGUCAUGAGUACAUGAUCAAGGAAGGAAUUGCCAAUUUCCUUCUUCCUAGUCAUCUGGGUCUGGUGAUCCCCUCCAUUGCAUUUCUGAACGCCUGCUAA